AGUCACGACGGCACCGUGACGAAGCUUGGGCGAACAUCAGAGGAUCCGGUUCCUCCUGGGGGCAUCACCGCCUCCCCGCUACUGCCCUAAACCCCACCGGGACCGGGAGCUCCCGACCCUCGCCGACGGUUCUCCCACCCCCGACGCCCCGCCUUGUUCCGCUGCACGCUGUUUGCAGCCGUGAUCUCUGGGGCCAGUUUACCUACUUUUUUUCAGUAUUUUGAUGUGGAUUAAUGGCCAGUAAUAUGCAGCCUUCUGGGCCACCUCAGCCUCCCAGGCCUCCCAUGAUGGGUUCUAGCUCUCAGCCACAAAAUCUUGGACCACCAAUGCCUAUGCAGUUUAGGCCAGUGGUUCCUUCGCAACAGCCUCCUCAGUUCAUGCCACCAGCGGCGCAGCAGUUUCGGCCUGUUGGUCAGCCUAUGCCAGGAACUAACAUUGGCAUGCCAGGGCAGAUGCCACAUUUUCCACAACCUGGGCAGCAUUUGUCUCACUCAAGUCAGGUUCCACCUGCAUCACAAGGGGUUCCUAUGGCAUAUCAGCCAGGUAGACCAAUGUCAUCAGCACCCAUGCAGCCGCAGCAACAAGCUGCAUAUCCUGGGGGCCAUUUGCCCACCAUGGGUGCCCCUAUGCAGCCCCCGUCUUAUACAUAUCAACCAACUUCGAUUCCUCCUGCAGUGCAACCCUGGGGCACAGCUCCGGGACAGAGUGUGCCUCAUGUGACUCCUUUAGUGCAGCCUGGACACCAGCUGGUGCCAGCUACAACAAGUUUGCCUUCAGUCAACUCGUCUGAACCUAGCUCUUCAGAUUGGCAAGAACACACUGCGGCUGAAGGGAAAAAGUACUACUAUAAUAAGAAGACAAGACAAUCAAGUUGGGAGAAACCAGUUGAAUUGAUGACACCUUUGGAGAGGGCUGAUGCCUCAACCGAGUGGAAAGAAUUUACUACACCAGAAGGACGAAAAUACUAUUUCAACAAAGUGACAAAGCAAUCAAAAUGGAGUAUUCCUGAUGAGUUGAAGGCGGCACGCGAAUUGGCAGAAAAAGCAUCAAAUCAACAAUCAGAUCGAGAAACAGGAAUAACUGCUGCCUCUGAACCUUCUACCGUACCUGCUAAUCAGUCUUCAACUGCAGUUGGUUUAAUUGCUCCAAGCGCACAUGAUGCAUCAGCAAACUCUGUUCCUCCUGGUGCUGGCCCAUCACAUAAUGUGGACAACACCUCCAGUUCUUCCACUGUUGACAAGCAAAAUGGUGGUCCAAAUACUGCUGCUUUUCCUGUUACAACAAGCACAGAAGUUCAAUUAGUUGCAACUGAUGCAGGAACCAGCAGAAACAAUAAUGAAAAUUCAUCUGUAACAACUGCUGCUGACACAGAAGAUGGUACGUCUGCUGAAGAUUUGGAGGAGGCCAAAAAGACCAUGCCAGUGGUAGGGAAGAUUAAUGUCAGUCCACUGGAGGAGAAAACAAGUGAAGAAGAACCUGUAGUCUAUGCCACUAAGGCGGAGGCAAAAAAUGCAUUCAAGUCCCUGCUCGAGUCAGUAAAUGUUGAGUCUGAUUGGACAUGGGAUCAGACUAUGAGAGUCAUCAUAAACGACAAAAGAUAUGGAGCUUUGAAAACUCUUGGAGAGAGAAAGCAAGCUUUCAAUGAGUACUUGAACCAGCGAAAAAAGUUUGAAGCUGAAGAAAAACGUAUCAAACAGAGGAAAGCACGUGAUGAUUUCCUUGCAAUGCUGGAAGAGUGCAAGGAGCUUACAUCAUCAACAAGGUGGAGCAAAGCAAUUCUUAUGUUUGAAGAUGAUGAAAGAUUCAAAGCUGUUGAGCGCCCAAGGGAGCGUGAAGAUUUAUUUGAGAACUAUCUUGUGGAACUGCAUAAGAAGGAAAAAGCCAAGGCUCUCGAAGAACACAGAAGGCAUUUAGCAGAAUACAAAGCUUUUUUAGAAUCAUGCGACUUCAUCAAGGCAACUACUCAGUGGAGAAAAGUUCAAGAACGGCUGGAAGAUGAUGAGCGCUGUUCCCGACUUGAAAAGAUUGAUCGCUUGAAUAUUUUCCAAGAGUACAUACGGCAUCUGGAGAAAGAAGAGGAGGAACAGAAGCGGAUACAAAAGGAACAAGUAAGAAGACAAGAGAGAAAAAACCGUGAUGCAUUUCGUAAAAUGUUGGAAGAACAUGUCACUGAUGGCACAAUUACUGCAAAGACUCGGUGGCGCGAUUACUGCUCACAGAUAAAGGAUUCACAAGCUUACUUGGCAGUGGCAUCAAACACGUCUGGCUCCACGCCGAAAGAGCUAUUUGAUGAUGUGAUUGAGGAACUUGACAAACAGUAUCUAGAUGACAAGACCCGUGUCAAAGAAGUGGUGAAAUCUGGAAAGAUUCCAAUGACAACCUCAUGGACAUUGGAGGAAUUCCAGACUGCUAUUCUGGAUGAUGAUGCUCUUAAAGGAAUAUCGAUGAUCAACAUCAAGCUUAUUUAUGAUGAUCAAAUUGAAAGGCUCAAGGAAAAAGAGCAAAAGGAUGCUAAGAAGCGUCAGCGAUUGGGUGAAAAUUUUUCAGAUCUUCUGUAUUCAAUAACGGAAAUAUCAGCUUCUUCAACCUGGGAUGAUUCUAAACAGCUAUUUGAGGACAGCCAAGAGUUUAGGGCUUUGGACAGCGAGACUUAUGCUAGAGAGCUUUUUGAAGAGUGUGUUGUCCACCUGAAGGAAAGAUUAAAAGAGAAAGAACGUUUGAGGGAGGAAGAAAAGGCAAAGAGAGAGAAAGAGCGUGAAGAGAGAGAGAAGAAAAAAGAGAAAGAAAGGAAGGAGAAAGAGCGCAAAGAAAAAGACCGGGAGAAGGAGAGAGAGAAGGAAAAAGGGAAGGAUCGAUCAAGGAGAGAUGAAAUGGAUAUUGAUGGUGCUGAUGUGGAGAACCACGGUUCAAAAGAUAAGAAAAGGGAUAAAGAAAAGAAACAUAAGAGACGCCACCAUGACACAGAUGAUGUAAGCUCUGAGAGGGAUGAUAAAGAUGAUGCUAAGAAAUCUCGGAGGCAUAGCAGUGAUCGCAAGAAAUCUAGGAAGCAUACACAUGCUUCAGACUCAGAUAGUGAAAACCGGCACAAAAGACAUAAAAAGGAUCGAGAUAGUUCCCGAAGAAACGGUGCACAUGAGCUGGAAGAUGGUGAACUUGGAGAAGAUGGGGAGGUCCAUUAGUCUCUCCUUUUGCUACCGAGAUUGUCGGUUGAAGUUACUCAGUUUUCAGCAAGUCUGGUACUUAAUGGGAUUGCCUUUGGGACGAAGCCGUUGAUCUUGUCACGAAAAUGUUGAGCGUUUGAUUAAUGUCAGGAUAGUUGAUGUUGGAAGAGUCAGUAUGUUCUCACUGUACUGGGGUUUUGUUUUUGUUGGAAAUAUUUAGGAUUUUUAAUUUUGGAAUAGUGUGUUCACUGUAUUACGUUUUUCACGUAGCAGCUUAUCCAGGUUUAUUGUUGACUCGUAUGGUUUUGUACCCA